CCGGUAGGUGGCGUUUAGGUGGCGUUCACUUUUCACUUUUUAUCAAAACCUUUACUCCAUCUUCUUCCAUGGUUGAAGAAGUUUUUCUCUGAACCUAACUCAAACAAUUCAGAUACUCAAUAAAAGUAAAAAGAUGGAUUCUGAAAUUGCCCAGAAAACAUGGGAGAUGUCAAACAAUAUUGUACAAGUUCAGAGUGGAGAUGAGAUAUACAAGUAUGACAAGAAGCAACAACAGUUUAUCCUUGCGGCGAAACCAUGGUCAAAAGAUAAUCACUACUUUAAAUACAUAAAGAUCUCUGCAUUAGCUCUACUGAAGAUGGUGAUGCAUGCAAGGUCAGGUGGAACUCUCGAGGUGAUGGGUCUUCUUUUAGGAAAGGUUGACGGUGAAACUAUGAUAGUAAUGGACUGUUUCGCGUUGCCUGUGGAGGGAACCGAGACGAGGGUCAAUGCCCAAGCUGCAGCCUACGAAUACAUGGCUGCAUAUAUAGAAAGCGCAAAGCAGGUUGGCCGUUUAGAGAAUGCGAUCGGUUGGUACCAUAGUCACCCAGGCUACGGCUGUUGGCUGUCGGGCAUUGAUGUCAGCACACAGAUGUUAAAUCAACAAUUCCAAGAGCCAUUCGUUGCAAUUGUUAUUGAUCCUACCAGAACGAUUUCUGCUGGUAAAGUAAACAUAGGAGCAUUUAGAACUUAUCCAAAGGGUUAUAAACCACCAGAUGAGGGCCCUUCAGAGUACCAGACCAUUCCAUUGAACAAGAUUGAGGACUUUGGUGUGCAUUGCAAGCAAUAUUACUCACUGGAGAUAUCAUACUUCAAAUCAGCAUUGGAUAGGAAGUUGUUGGAAUCUUUAUGGAAUAAAUACUGGGUGAACACCCUAAGCUCCUCUAGUCUAUUAACUAAUUCUGACUACACGACAGGACAAGUGUAUGACUUGUCAGAGAAGCUAGAGCAAGCAGAAGCACAAUUAAGCCGUGGAAACUUCAUGUUGGGCAUUGACCAAGACAAGAAGGCAGAGGACAAGCUAGGGAAGGCUGCAAAGGAUGGGUGCAAAACAACUAUAGAAGCAAUCCAUGGACUGAUGUCCCAAGUGAUCAAGAACAGACUAUUCAAUCAACUACAAUCUAACCCACCACCAAAGGGCCAAUGAUUUGAACAUAAUCUAAAAAAAAAAUUCAACUUCAGUUUUAGAACUUUUGUAAAUAUGCAUCCAGUUAUACUGAUGCUGUGACAAACAAUUUCAUGUGUUGUAGCUUUACACAAUUAAUGGUAACUUAGUCGUACAGUGAGAUAUAUUAAGGAUAUAUCCAACUAUCAAUCGCUCUUUGAGGAAAUGGUUUUGUGGCGAGUUGAAGGUGACCAUGUGACAAGUGAGUCCUGGAAGCAAUUAGCAUAAUUAUGCAAUGGCUAUCCAAGAUGAGACAGCGAAGCAGAUGGAUGAUGAUGAGUGGAAGGUGAUUGAAGAGUUAGUAUAAGAUUGAGGUGUGGGUAUAGGUUAGGUUAAGUUGAGGAUUGGGAUGCGAAAUGAGCAGUUUGCGGUGACCAUGCAACUAGUGAGUCGUGGAAGCACUUAGCAUAAUUAUGCAAUGGCUAUCUAAGAUGAGACAGCGAAGCAGAUGGAUGAUGAUGAGUGGAAGGUGAUUGAAGAGUUAGUGUAAGAUUGAGGUGUGGGUAUAGGUUAGGUUAAGUUGAGGAUUGGGAUGCAAAAUGAGCAGUUUGCGGUGACCAUGCAACUAGUGAGUCGUGGAAGGAAUUAGCAUAAUUAUGCAAUGGCUAUCCAAGAUGAGACAGCGUAGCAGAUGGAUGAUGAUGAGUGGAAGGUGAUUGAAGAGUUAGCAUAAGAUGGAGGUGUGGGAUGCGAGGGGAAGAUUAAUUUCUGAGUGUAGGGCAAUGUGGGGCUUUGGAGAGUUUCGAUGGAGAGUAUGUGAGAAAGCGAGGAUCAGAGACCUAUUGGAAUAAUUCAUAAGCAUUCAACUACACCCUGCCUGCCCACCUAAUCUUAAAUGUCGGAUGACAGACCCAGGUUCAACAAAUGUUUGGUCAUCUAUUUUUUGUUUACACUAUUAUGGUGUACUAGUCCAGCAUUGUCUUUUUGCCUAAUAAUUAAUGUUGGAUAUAUAUAGAGUAAUUAGAGUAAUAUGUAAACCCAAGUCUUGCAUUUAUCAUUUAUAUAUAUUUUUCAUUGAAAUACAUUUUCUUGGCUCAGCUACAUAAGCUUAGUAUUCGUCAACACAGCUUAUUUUGUAGAAAGAUGUAGAUAAAAUUACUUGGGGUGCUAUAAAACUUGAAUGCUAAAAAGUUAUCAAAAUAUUUUGGUAAUUGUAUGUAGAUUGCAAUUAAAAUCAAUAUACAAGAUU